CUCGCCCGCGGCCGGCGCAGCUGCCCGCGUGUCCCGAGCCCACGGAGUGGAGGAGGCUGCGGAGCCGCCGAACUGUGCAGAAAAGGCCCGAGAAUGAGAGCGGGCCCCGCGCCGUAGACAAUGAAGCCGCGGGCGCCGCCGCCCGCCCCGGGCCUUGCGCGCCGCGACCGCACCUGCCGGCGAGACAGUCCCCACGCCUGACCGCCCGCCCGCCCGGCCCCGCCGGCCCAUGGCUCGGCGCCCCGGACCCGGACCCCCGCACUCGGGCCGCGCGGCGCACGGGCCGGCGGGCGCCAGGGGCGCCGUUCCCGCAGCCUGAGCGCGGCCCUCGCGGUGAGCGGGGGGCGUGGACCCUGUUCGGGCUCGCCCGCCCUCCGCGGCGACCGCCCCGACCGUGCGGCCCGGCCACGGCGCGCUGGAUGCGGCGGAGCCCCGGCGGGCGGCGCGGCGGCCGCGGUCCCGGGAGAUAUGUACCUGCUGGACGACAGCGGCGAACCCGCGUCUCCGCCCGCGGACGCGAUGCCGCGCGGGACGCCCCCCAGGAAGACCGUCUACCGCAUCUCCGUGACCAUGGUCCGGAAGGAGCAGCUGGGCGCGCCGGGCCCCGGCGGCCCCGACCCGCGCCCGGCUCGGAGGCCCCGGCCCGCGCGCUCCCCGGACGCACCCGGGCGGCUAGUGGAGGAGGCGGAGGAGGUGGCGUGCGCUGAGGACCCCGAGGGCCGCCGGCCUCGCGGCUGGGACUUCCGCACCUUCCGCACCCGCAGCACUGGGCAGCUGGAGCUCGGGCGGCUCCGGCCGUGCGCACGCGGCCCGGAGCCCGAGGCCCUGGCCGGCAGCCCCCCGGCAGUGGAGGAGGGGCCCGGCUCGCCCGCUCCCGGCAGUCCCGACGUGGAGGGGGCUCGAGCCGCGCCCUUGCGGCGGAGCCUCAGCUUCAGGCACUGGAGCGGGCCCGAGGCGCCGCGGGGCCAGGCCCUGGGUCGCGGGAGGCGCCACAGCAGCUCCGGGAGCCUGGCCUGGGCUCCGGGCGGCGAGGCCGUGGCCGACCCCGGGGCCGCCCUGGAGCCCGCGGCCUCCGGGCAGCCCGCCUCGGAGAAGCGCAACACCCUGGACGUGGGCGAGGUGCUCAGCAAGAACGACGCGCUCUCGGAUCUGGAGCGCUGGGAGCGCAGCAAGAGCAAGAACCGCACGCUGGACAACAGCGACCUGCAGCGGCUGGAGCGCGCGCGGGCGGCGGCCGCGGGCUCCGGCGCGGCGUUGGAGCACCGGCUGCUGCGCUUCUUCAGCGGCAUCUUCGCGCGCAGGGACGGCGCGACCGGCGGCGGUCCCUCCCCGCGGAGCGGCGCCUCGCGGCCGCGCGGCUACUUCAGCAGCCUGCGGCGGGCCCCGGCCGACGCGCACUCGUCCAGCGCCGAGAGCAUCGACGGGUCCCCGCGCAGAGAUGCCUUUGUGAACAGCCAGGAAUGGACAUUAAGUCGAUCCGUCCCGGAGCUCAAAGUGGGCAUUGUGGGUAAUUUGGCCAGCGGCAAGUCGGCCCUGGUGCAUCGCUAUCUGACCGGCACGUACGUCCAGGAGGAGUCUCCCGAAGAUAUGGAUGCAGGUGGCAGAUUCAAGAAAGAGAUUGUUGUUGACGGACAGAGCUAUCUGCUGCUGAUCAGAGAUGAAGGGGGCCCUCCAGAGGCACAGUUUGCCAUGUGGGUGGACGCUGUUAUAUUUGUCUUCAGCUUGGAGGAUGAGAUAAGUUUCCAGACGGUCUACCACUACUACAGCCGGAUGGCCAACUACCGGAACACGAGUGAGAUUCCGCUGGUCCUGGUGGGAACCCAGGAUGCCAUCAGCUCCACCAACCCGCGGGUCAUCGACGACGCCAGGGCGCGGAAGCUCUCCAGCGACCUCAAGAGGUGCACGUACUACGAGACGUGCGCCACGUACGGGCUGAACGUGGAGAGGGUCUUCCAGGACGUUGCCCAGAAGAUCGUUGCCACGAGGAAGAAGCAGCAGCUGUCCAUCGGGCCCUGCAAGUCCCUACCCAACUCUCCGAGCCACUCGUCUGUCUGUUCCGCACAGGUGUCUGCCGUGCACAUCAGCCAGACAAGUAACGGAGGCGGGAGUCUGAGCGACUAUUCCUCCUCUGUCCCGUCCACGCCAAGCACCAGCCAGAAGGAGCUGCGCAUCGACGUACCGCCCGCGGCCAACACGCCCACGCCCGUCCGCAAGCAGUCCAAGCGCCGGUCCAACCUCUUCACCUCUCGGAAAGGGAGUGACCCAGACAAAGAGAAAAAAGGCCUGGAGAGCCGGGCGGACAGCAUCGGGAGCGGUCGAGCCAUCCCAAUUAAACAGGGCAUGCUGCUGAAGCGAAGUGGCAAAUCAUUGAACAAAGAAUGGAAAAAGAAAUACGUCACCCUGUGUGACAACGGUGUGCUGACCUAUCAUCCAAGUUUACAUGAUUACAUGCAGAAUGUUCAUGGCAAAGAGAUUGAUCUUCUGAGAACCACUGUGAAAGUCCCAGGGAAGAGGCCCCCCCGAGCCACGUCGGCCUGCGCGCCCAUCUCCAGCCCGAAAACCAACGGCCUGUCCAAGGACAUGAGCAGCUUGCACAUCUCACCAAAUUCAGGGAAUGUCACUAGUGCGCCUGGGUCUCAGAUGGCGAGCGGCGUCAGCCUGGGCUCCUUCAACAGCCGACCGGACGGCAUGCAGCAACGGUCCUACUCUGUCUCCAGUGCCGACCAGUGGAGCGAGGCUACGGUCAUUGCAAACUCAGCCAUCAGCAGUGACACGGGGCUCGGUGACUCCGUGUGCUCCAGCCCAAGCAUCUCCAGCACCACCAGCCCCAAGCUCGACCCGCCCCCCUCCCCUCACGCCAACAGAAAGAAGCAUCGGAGGAAGAAAAGCACCAGCAACUUCAAGGCCGAUGGCCUCUCAGGCACUGCUGACGCCAAACGCAAAGCAUGGAAACUAAACCGUGUUGGUAGCCUGCGAAAUAUCCACAACAGCAGCACCAACACCGAAGAACAAGAAGAAAACUUUGAGUUUAUCAUUGUGUCCCUCACUGGCCAGACGUGGAACUUUGAAGCCACCACCUACGAGGAGCGAGACGCAUGGGUCCAGGCCAUUGAGAGCCAGAUCCUCGCCAGCUUACAGUCGUGCGAGAGCAGCAAGAAUAAGUCCCGACUGACCAGCCAGAGUGAGGCCAUGGCCUUGCAGUCGAUACGGAACAUCCGAGGGAACUCCCACUGUGUGGACUGCGAGACCCAAAAUCCCAACUGGGCCAGUUUGAACUUGGGAGCCCUCAUAUGCAUUGAGUGCUCAGGGAUCCACCGGAAUCUUGGCACCCACCUUUCUCGAGUCCGAUCUCUGGACCUUGAUGACUGGCCCAUUGAGCUUAUCAAGGUGAUGUCGUCCAUUGGGAAUGAGCUGGCCAACAGCAUCUGGGAGGAGAGCACCCAGGGGCGGACGAAGCCCUCGCUGGACUCCACGAGGGAAGAGAAGGAGCGGUGGAUCCGGGCCAAGUACGAGCAGAAGCUCUUCCUGGCCCCGCUGUCGUGCACGGAGCUGUCCCUGGGCCAGCACCUGCUGCGGGCCACCGCCGACGAGGACCUGCGGGUGGUCAUCUUGCUGCUGGCGCAUGGCUCCCGGGACGAAGUGAACGAGACCUGCGGGGAGGGGGACGGCCGCACGGCACUGCACCUGGCCUGCCGGAAGGGCAAUGUGGUCCUGGCCCAGCUCCUCAUCUGGUACGGGGUGGACGUGAUGGCCCGCGACGCGCACGGGAACACGGCGCUGGCCUACGCGCGGCAGGCCUCCAGCCAGGAGUGCGCCGACGUCCUGCUGCAGUACGGCUGCCCCGACGAGCGCUUCGUGCUCAUGGCCACCCCCAACCUGUCCAGGAAGAACAAUAACCGGAACAACAGCAGUGGGAGGGUGCCCACCAUCAUCUGAGGACCGGCGGUGCCCGCAGCCUCCCGCGCGCCCUCAGGGAUCACGCCACGUGAGUCCCAUCGCGUCCCCUCACUCCUCCUGGUGGUCCCCAGCCAACCCUCCACGCCUCCACCCCCCCUCACGCCAAGCGAAAUCACAAAACCCGGAUGGGUCCUCAAGGGGCGAAGAGGAGGCCCAGAGGCUGCAGCAUUGAUUCCUUUGCAUAAACUCCCCUGAUCAACACACAGGAGCGACCGGCGGGCCUGGGUUCGUUGAUAGUAGCACAUGGCGCCGGACCCUGGUCCUGGUCCCCUCGUGGCCGGGGGAGACAGAGCGUGGCACAAGGGCGGGACAUGGGGGAGGGGAGGCGCGCAGCCAGGAGAAGGGGUAACUCUCCUUAACUGGCAGUUCAGCACAUCAGUACAUUUCACCUCUACCAGACGGAACACUUGGGUUUCAUCUCUUCUCCGAGGAGCUUGACGGCAUAAAUCAGAAGCAAGCAGAGUUUUGUCAGGUUUGAAAGCCCCUAUGAUGGUAUGUGUCAAAUCAGUUGUAGCUAAUCUGUCCAGGGAGAAUACUGGCUUCAUUACACUCGUAUAGUUGAGUUCUUCCAGCAUUACCGCUGUUUAAUAGAACAUGAUUAGUCAUCACCGAGAAGAAAGCAUAUUAGCCAAGGAGGUAGUUACACAGCACGCUCUGAUGAUUGCCACGAUGUGAUUGCAAUACUCUUAGAAGCAUCAUAUUAUCCCAGACAUGUUCUUUCAAGCCCUUGGAGCCCUCCUUUCUAAAUUCACUGUCAUAAUUUAGUAUCUGUUUAAUUUUUCAGUCCAAAGAGGAAAUCAGUUGCCGAGUAUUAUUUGACUGCAGUCUCCUUGGCACAAAAACAAAAUGGAAAAAAUAAAUAAGAGUGACUUGGAAGUUCAAAAGGAAAUCACGAAUUCAGCUAACAACAGCAUUUUGAGCACAUUUAGUGAACUAAGUAAAUGCAUAAAAGGCUAUUUUAGCCCAAACCUGAGAGAUAGUUUGUGUCCUUUUGCCAAGGUGGGUGUCUUGGGUCUCAGUCACUCUGGGGCCGUGUUGCCCAAGUCACACAGGCUUCUGUAUUCUGUCUUUAGAUGAGAUGUGUUGAAAAUCUAUUUGAAUAAAAGAAGUUCAUAAAUAUGCAUUGAUUUCUGUACAGACAAAUGGCACCUCUGUUAAUUUAUAAAUUGAACUGGAUGUGAACUAAUAAUAUGCAACUAGUUGAGAUAAGAGGGUUACAGAUCAUUGUACACGGGAAAUAUUCCCAGCAGUAAACACUUCCAUUAAUGUGAUAUACAGCUUCUAAAAAGGAGCAUAUCAGAAUAAGAUGGUGGUACAAUUUGCUUAUUAAAAUCAAGAAAGGGGGGGAUAAAAGCAUAUUAGAGGGGGAAAGAGGCAUGUGAUUCCUUGUUACUGGAAAGCACGAUUUAGAUCUGACCCUACUUUUGCCCACCCAGAGGAACAGGCUGUGGCAACGCGGGGGGUGACUUUCCAAAUCCCAGACCCGGGCGCUUUGCAGAGGUCCAUCCUGACCGCCGCUGCCGAUUUGGGAGCACAGACUGACUCAUGAAACGCCCUGAGACUUUUUUUUUUUUUGCCUGGUGGCCAGGCCCGUCAUUUUAGUACAUCGCCCGAUUUGCCGUCGUCAUGGUUUCUGGCUGCUUCAGACUUCGGCCACCUUCAACGUGGUGGCCAAACAUAGUAAACCAGAUCGUGACACCUUAGGUGAAAAAGAAAAGGGGGCAACUGUGCCUUGAGCCCUUUGGCAGUAUGACGGGGGAGAGGGCGUCACCUUGAAGGAUGGCCUGGGACCGAUGUAGCACAGAAACAUAGGGCCACGUUCACCCUGCCGCCUCCGGGGAAGUUCCUUGCUCUCGUAUAUUAAACCUUCUAUUUUGUAAGAGUUUUUCCUCUUCUUUCACUUUUUAAAGAAAAAUUAAAGUAGGUGGGGAAAAAAUAAAGCUUUACACAGUUUCUACCUGGGUCAGUGUUUCAUGGGCAUUUCUAAGCUUGAUGCAGCUCAGUGGAACUCGGCGGUUUCCCAGGAUAACAGGUGUGGAAGCCUCCAGCCUGGGAGCCUUGACAACAGGUCCGUAAUCCCUCCACCCGAUUUUUAAUUCUGUUUCAUCGCUGUGUGGUUAUUUUAAAUGUGAAUAGAGGAAAAAAGAAAGUCCUUCCUGUUUCUGAAGAAACGCAUUACUCUUCUAUCCAGCCACGCGCAUUGGCCUCCCCAUUAGCGUAGACGUUAUGUAGUGAACGCAGAUAGAGUAUAAACGAAAUUCCUUAAAUUAUUUCAUUGUAGUUAAUUCCCACUGUAGGAAUGCUUUAUCACAGUGAAGCCCUUCUUUGAAAAGAACGGAAUUCCUUGUAAGGCUUCUCUUGGGAUGUAUAUGAGUGUGUACAGAUUAUUAUAUGUGUUUAUAAUAUAAUAUUUUCCCAGAUGACUUCUUUUUUCACUUAGCCUUUCACGACCUGAAUGCUAGACUGGUUUCUUCCCUUCCCUCCCUCGAGCGCUGGGACUUCAUUGAUUCCUCCUUAGAAAACUCGACCCCUCUCCUGCUAUUUUUAGCGAUAUUGAUCUGCUGCAGGGGGCAGCCUGCUUUCUCGAGCCCGAGUUUUGGCAACAGAGAAAAGGCGGUAGUGGGUUUCAAGGGUUUUCUUUUAAAAUAAAGGUGGCCGGCGGCCUCGUCUGUUUGUAUGUCAGUGUCAAAACUAGAAGUCCUUUCUUUGCUGACAACGCUCUCAUUGCCAUCUUAAAGCCUUACUAACACCAAGGCCGGAGAAGCAAGGACCCAGGGCCAGUGUUAGAAAUAACCAGUUGAGGAAGGGGGUCCAGUUUUCAUAGUUUAUUUCCAUGUAAGUUCAGGGACGUGACAGUGACACAGGAAGCCACCACUGCAGAAGCCACGUAACCUUUUCUAUUCAGAAUUCGAAUUUUUCCUUGACGAGAAACCCGCUGGCUGGGGAAGGCAUGUGAUAAGGCGGCCACUCGUGAGGGCACCUGCACAGGUGAGCUGGGUGUAUUGCAGACCUCUCUGGAUUUCUCUUGCGGCCCAGAGAACCCUGCGGAGAAAGGAGUCUUGAUUCUGACGGUGCAUGGGUGGACCUCGAGUUCUGGGGUGGACAGACAGAUGGUUUACCAAGCCAGGGUCCCAGGUUCCUUCCGUCUCCGGUCUUCCCAGGAGAUGAGCAGUCGAGGGCGAGUGAGUGACGUUACUGCCGUGAGUCUUCGGUCCCAUAAGCAGGUACAGUUUCCUGUCCCCCAGGAAGCCCACCCUAUGUGGAAUCAUCCCAGAAAGGAGGUGAGGGCAGCGGGCGCUUGCUGACCGCUGGGCUGUCGGGUGCAGGAAAGCAGCUCUUCCUGAAUUACUCUGGCCUGGAAUCCUUAAAGCCGCACCUUCCCUGCAGGGCCACGAGCCCAGGCUGUGGCCCUUGUAGCACCGGUGCAGGGCCGUGCACUUCUGCCCCCUCCUCUGAGGUUUUGUGCCGCCUGAUGCGGUCCGCUUGGACCCAGCCUCGGCCUCCAGCAUCGGCUCCGGGCCUCCCAGUUUGGUGCCACCUGAACACAUUCAGGCUCAUUCCCCACGUUUGCAAAGGAGCUCUCACUACUUCACUAGGGAACAACAGUCCAACAAGAAAGGCAGCCCUGGGGCCGAGCAGACCUGGGUUCACCUGGCCUUGCCGUCCCAUCCAGCUUCCCAGGGUCCUUCCUCAGCUGUGAAACCCUGUGGCCUUGCAGGGUGUGGUGACGUUUGGACCAGUGUGAUAAAUGCCAGCCCGAUGCCCAGCCAGGGGCGGGGUGCUCAGGAGAACAGAACGUGGAUGGGACGGGGCCAAGAGCACCAGCCGGGAAACCUGCCCCGAGCCAGUGCCCUGGGGGGUCGGUGGCGGCCAGCUUGCCAGCCCCUCCCGUCGAGGCUCUGACCCUCCUCUGUCUCUGCUGAGCCCGUGGUCGUCAGUGGGAGCGAGGGUCUCCGAGGACCCCUGCUCCCGGGCAGCCCCUCCCCCAGGGAUGUGCCCGCACUGCCCCCUCCCCGUCGCGUCAGCCCACUUAACCGCCAUGCGCCCUCCAGCCUGAGUCUGAGUUUGAUUUCUUAGAGGACAGAAGGGUGAGUGUCCCCCUCAGGCCCUUCACUCCCGCUGCUUCUGGCCGAGACCACCCUUCUCUCUCCCACACCCUCUGCUGUGUUGUCGAUCCCAAGGCCUCUGUCCUUCAGACGCCUCCUCCGGCACUGAGAGGCCACUGGACACACUCGCGUUUGGGGACCGUUGAGUGUCCUUUUCCUGCUUCCUCUUUAAAACCAGAGCUUCUUGCAGGCACCCUAAGCUGGCAGGGUGUGGCUUGAGGCUCCAGGGCCCCCUUCUCUCUCCCUCUCUCUCUCUCUCUCUCUCUCUCUCUGUCCCUCAUUGAGCUGCUGUGGCCGGUCAGUGAGCUGUCUUCCCUCUCAAGGGUGACAGUGACCUUGUCCUCGGCCUGCCCUUGGUGGUACCAUCUUCCCCCUUGGGAGUGGCCAUUGGCUCCUGCCCAAUCCCCGGCCUGAGCUGUGCUCACGGGUGACGUGGGCCCCGGUGGCUCCAACCCCGCCAGUCCUUUCUCUUUGCAUUUAGAAUGUUCUGGAAGCAGGGGGGGGGGCAAUCCACAUUCCCACCUGGGGGGCUCGGAAGCCUUGCUGCAAUGUAGGUCCUCAGUGAGUAAAGUAGGGUCAGGUCUCAAAAACUGCUCAGGAGGCACAGAUGAUUGGAAAGCAAAUCCGUCACCUCUGGACGGGCUGCUUCCCUCCCUCACAUCCUCUCUGUCAGGUGCCCCGCAAGGUCAUCGCGACUUUCCUGGAGCUCCCCUGGACUGUAUUUAUGUCCUUCAAGCAAACAAACUGAAGAGCCGUCAGGAAGGAGCUCAGAUAGAAACAUGCUGAAGAUACACAUCUUUCUUUCCCAGGAAAUAUGAUUUAUUUCUAACUGCCCCUUUACACGUGGGUUUCACACGCUGUGAAGUCGUGUCUUGGAGUGAUUUUCACCCCCAUCCUUCACCAAAAAGCUAAAUAGGGCCUUUGGCAUCCAGACUUGCAUUUUCUCUUUUAGCCAUGAUUUCGACAUGUUUCUUUUUUGAUUCCCCAAGUGGCUGUCCUCGGGAAGCCCUGUGGUCAGUUGGGUCUUCGGUGCGGGCUCCGCCCCGGCCAGGCCAGGGCCCCCAGGGUGUGGGCAGGGGGGCCCAGAUCACACCCUGGCCUGCCCCUGCUCUGCUCUGUGCCCUGUGCUGACAGGUCCUUUGUCAUUCACGUUUCUAAAUCAGCUUGCCUUUCAGUCAAGACAUCACAUUCCUUCCAGUUAUGCGGAUGAGAGAAGCGGGGUGGGCAGUCACUUGGGGUAGAUGAAACAGUGCUCAGACUUUCAGUUCCAUCUCUGCCAGGAAGUAGUCACUGGAACCCAAGGUGCUGUGACAUCUGAGAGAGAGAAAUGUUGCCACACAGGGUCAGCACCUCCACGUUGGACGUUCAGCCACCUAAGUAAGACGUGAUCAUCCCCAAACCACAGAUUUUCUCCCCCUUAGAAAAGAAAUGCUGUCCUAAAAUAGAUUUUUUAAAAAAUAUGAAUAAAUUCCCUGUCUCAUUUUGGAUGUCUGCUGCUUUUUAAACAUAGAUUGACACUUUUUUUCCGGUUGGCUUUUUCAGUUUGGGUCUGAGUUGAAAUUAGAGGACAUUUCAUCAGCAGGGGAUUCUGUAAAAACGAAAAAGUCUGUUUUUAAUCUGUGAAUUUUUUUUUAAAGCCCAGAUUUUAGAAGUAUUUCUGUUUCACCAGUGUAGCAAGCACCCUCCCCAAAGGAAGGGUGCAGUGACCAUGAACUUGAAAAGCUCUCCUUAAGGCAUUUCACCUAUGAGGUGUUGUUUUUGUUGACAGCAUUUGGUUUGGGGGUUUGCGCCUUUUUGGUAAAAGUGUCCUUAUCUGAGGCCCUCAACCCAUCCAGAAAAAGGCCUUCAGUGCCGGGGAGAGGGCAGGGUUGGGGCAGGCGUGCCCAGCAGAGACCCAAGGUGGCUCUAAAGGCUGCCGGUGUACGAGCAUGAACCUGCCCCGUUAAAAGGACAGGAUCGCUGGAUUCCAGACACCGCGGGACACCUGGCUCCCAGCAGGCGCCGGCUGUGCGCAAGGAGAGGCAAGGUGGCUGCGUGAGAGAGAGGUGGGCUUGAGGCUUGUCUUGUGUUGGGCCUGGCUGUGGCAUCUGUAGAGAAGGACCCCCGAGGGUCGUGAUCACGGCGUAAGAGAGAUCCUCGCCUGUCCGACUGCGAUUAGGACUCAUCCAGAUUUCAGUGUCAGUGAGCAUUCCCUGACCUUCAGCUUUUGAGAUGCAGAUGAAAGAAAGGAACCAAACAAGGUGUGAGAGGGCUGGAGAGUCUUUGGAAUGGAGCAAACCCCCUUAACACACCCGCCGUCGGGAACAGUCGCCCCUAAAUCAGAUUAUGCCCCCGUCUCCCUAGUGCCGGACGGCAUCCACACCGGCCCGGAAGCUAAUGCCUGAGCUGGUUCAAAUACUCUUGUAAUAAGGAGACUCUGCCCAUCCCCUAGAAGCUCAUACUCAGAACUGGCGCGUGGAAAUUAAAGGUGUGUCGGGCUGGAUGAAGGACGCCCCGGGUCUCCCCACCCCUGUAACGACACCUGUGUUAGAAACCCUGGGUGCCUGGCUUCGUGCAAAGACCUUGGUGAGCAGCCCAGCUGGGGACACGGCACUCAGCUCUGCACCUGACGGUCCACUGAGUCGCCUGGGGAAAAGGUACCUCCCGCCUGGGAGGACAGAGACUGGACCCAGGGUGCCGUGAGCUGGGGACAAGCCAGGGAGUUAGCUUUUAUUGCUCAUGUGAGCCCAUCACGCACCUCUCAACCCCACCGGUCCCACCCACGGGGUCCCGGCAGCUUUCCCACCAGGACUGUUACGCGUGCACUGGUGGACCUGAGUGAGGGUCAGAGCCGUUCUGUGGUGCACAGGCCGUGGGUAGGUACCCUUGGAAACUGCUGUGUGGCUGUUCACGCAUCUUGGUCUUAGAAAUAAUGCCUUCUCCAAACGUUCAAAACCAGCACGGUUUCUCUCCUCCGACUGAGUUUUUGUGUCUAAAAUUUAUCAAAUUCUUGGGGCUGCUGCCCCUGCCCUGGUUUGAGUGCCCGUGUGCUGGUGAUGCCGUGUGCACUUGAUCAAAGGCGCUCUGCCGAGCCCCGGAAGGACCGGGCUGGCGGCCCAGGGAAGGGCUGGAAUUCGGCCACACCAGCCACAGGCAUUGCCACGUGGGUCCUAGGGUGUGGCUUCCUGCCCCAGACAAGCCCCACUCUCCUGUCCCUGACUUGGAACUGGGUUCUCAUCUUGCCACUGGGUGUGUUUCUGAAAGGGAAGCCUGAGCAGGUCAAAGGUGAUGACUGAGAGGCAUUUUUAGGAGGCAAUAGGGAAGGCCGCGCCUCGGCACAUUUUAGCACAUUUCUCUGUUCUGUAAAUAGCCAUGUAUAGAAGAUGGAAGAGUAGCCUGGGGUUUAUCCAGAGAUGGGUUUUUUUUUUUUUUUGGUUGUUUUUAUAUUACCUCAUUCAGCAAGUUUGUUUCACAAUGACUCAAUGAUGCUUUAUUUAUAUUGUUUGUACUGUAAUUAAAACCAUUGACAGACAUUUCACUUGGCUUGUUAUUUCAUAUGAUCUUGUUUUGAUUAAAUAUGCCAGUUUGUAUUUUCCUGCCUUGGGAUUUUUUUGUGUCAGCUGUACAGUAUUCUAAGGGGACAAAAAAAAAGAAAAAGAAAAAUGUGUAAAGUAAUGGAGAGAGGUGGCUAUAGUGUAGAGGCCUCUUUCUAAUAAAGAAAUGGAAAUAUGUCUA